AUGAGGUUCUCUGCCAUUAAUGUCUUGGCUGUUGCCCAGGUGGCGUCCGCUCAUUACUUCUUCGAUUCCGUGGUUCAAGGCGGUACUGCCGGGAAGUCCUUCCAGUACAUUCGAGACUUCACUCGUCCCACCAAGUACAACCCGAUUAAAUUCUCAGAAAAUCCGGCUGCCGACAUCCGGGACAACUCUUACAUUGACGGCCCGGACAGCAGAUGCAACCAGGGAGCCUUCACCAACGCCGCCAAGACGCAGGUCCUCGACGUGACUGCGGGGAGCGACGUUACCGUACAGCUUGGUGUUAGCGGUACCAUUGCGCACCCUGGACCCGCCCUGUACUACUUGUCAAAAGCCCCCAAUGGCAACGUGAAGGACUACGAUGGCUCAGGCGACUGGUUCAAGAUUGGCGACACGGGCGUUUGCAACCAAGGUGCCGACUUCACCCAGGGCGCAUGGUGUUCCUGGGCCAAGAGCUCUCUCACCGCUACCAUCCCCAAGGAUACGCCCUCCGGAGAGUACCUCCUGCGCUUUGAGCACAUUGGCGUCCACAAGUCGUUCGACCAUGAGCCUGAGCACUUUGUGUCUUGCGUCCAGAUCAACAUCACAGGAGGCGGCAACGGCACCCCCGGCCCGCUGGUCAAGUUCCCGGGCGCGUACAAGUACACCGAUCCCUACGUGAGCUUCAGCCUCUACGGCGGCUACAAGCCCUUCCCGAUGCCCGGCCCUGCUGUGUGGACCGGCGGAUCGAGCGGCGUCAACAGCACCGCGGCUUCUGUGCCGACCGUCCCUACCCACCCGCCUUCGACGACCCUGAUCACUUCUACUCGCUCUGCUACGCGUUCCGCUACUCAUUCUGCUACUCCCAGCGCAAAUUCUACUGUCGGUUGCGCUAAGCUUCGCCACUGA